UUAACACUGUUUAAUACUCUAUCCUUCCUCUACAGAGCGCUGGACAUCCCCAUUACUGACUACUCGUUUGAAGACUGUCAGCUGGCCAUGGCUGAGGGUCAACUCAGACUCCCGGUUGACACCUGCCUGCUGGAGUUCGCCAAGCUGGUCCGGAGACUGGGGUUGAAGCCCCAGAACGUAGAGAAGGUACUGCAGGAGUUUGGUAACAGAGCCAGGAAGAUGGAAGGAGAGAAGCUGGGUCUGGAAGACUUUGCCCACUACCUUGAUGUCCCCGUGUCAGACAUGCUCAGAGACAUCUUCUCCCUCUUCAACGAGCAGGCAGACAACAUGAUAGACAUCAGAGAAUAUGUCAUCGCCUUAUCGGUUGUAUGCAGACCUGCUAAAACACUGGAGACCAUGAAGCUGGCCUUCAAGAUGUUUGAGGCGGAGGAGGACGGUGCCGUCACAGGGGCUGAGUUGGCCUGCAUCCUGAAGACUGCGUUAGGAGUGGCUGUCCUCGACGUCUCACGUCUCUUCACUGCUAUCGACACAGAGGACGCUGGGAAACUCACCUUCGACAAGUUCAGGAGCUUUGCAGAGCAGCACCCGAACUUCAGUGAGGACUACCUGUCCACAGACAAUACAGGCCGUAACGGCUGUCCUCACCAGCCCAACGCCACGCCCGACGCCAAGCCUCAGACCAAUGGCUUCUGCCCUGACUUCAGCCCGCGAGACAACCACCACGACACAACGACGGACGGUUCAGUGAAGAAACACAACUGAGCCUGUCAGCCACCUCAGAAUCCACCUCUCCUGGUGAGAGAGUGGUGGUGGUGGGGGUUGUUGUUGAUGGGCUAUAUGUAAUGGUCAGUCAGACACACACACACACACACACACACACACACACACACAGGAGAAAUGUAACCCUUAUUAACCGUAUCCAUAAUGUUUCUACGGUUCAUUUGAUCUUGAUGAUCUAACGUUGUUGCUUUAGUAGAGUUUUUCUGUAUUUGUUCUGAGGAAGAAACAUGCUUUUCAAUGGCCAAACAGAUGGCUGAUGACGAUUGAGGAGAAAUGAAGCGUGAAACACUUGAAGGGACAACACUUAUUACGUUUCCUCCACGUUGGGGUUUGGGAGUGGUUGAGAGAAAACACCCCAGCCAGGGUAGGGACAACACCCCAGCCAGGGUAGGGACAACACCCCAGCCAGGGUAGGGACAACACCCCAGCCAGGGUAGGGACAACACCCCAGCCAGGGAAGGGACAGCACCCCCCCCAGCCAGUGAAGAGACAACACCCCAGCCAGUGAAGAGACAACACCCCAGCCAGUGAAGGGACAACACCCCAGCCAGUGAAGAGACAACACCCCAGCCAGUGAAGAGACAACACCCCAGCCAGGGUAGAGACAACACCCCCCCC